UAAAAGGAAAAAGAAAGGACUAGCAAGAAAGAACCGAGAAGCAAGAAGACCAACAAGAGGAAACUGAAAUUAAACCUCAAAAAAAAUGUCAAAGCAGCUUAGUAACCAACACAAAAACAAAGACAUCCUCAGUCACUCACUUCCAAUAUCACUGGAAGAACUGGAACCCUCUCUCUGUCUUUGACUCCAAUCUCAAAAAAAAAAAAAAAAAAAAAAAAAAAAAAACUAAAAGCCUUUCUUUCUGUCUCUCUCUUCUCGUCUGCAAAAGAAAAGCCUUCCUUGUUUAUUUCUCUGAAUUCUUUUAUUUAUUUUUACAUGGCAAGCAAUAGAGAAGACGCACUUUCAUACACAAACAAUAAUCCGUCGUCUUCUUCAUCUCCAAUUACAGGUUCUGACCAUCUUGACGCCACUUUCCUCUCUGCUGCACCACCUGACCCAUCAUCUGGGUCCCACUUAGGCAGUGCUUCUAAUAGCUUUCAAAACGAUGCCGGUUUUCUCACUGAAAGUGCUAGUAGCAGUAGUGAUAUUGAGUUUGGCUUUUCUAGACCUGAAUUUAGGCAAAACCCAUUGGCUGGGACUGUUCAGUUUUAUCAACGUCAUGUGUUUUUAUGUUACAAAAACCCUUCUGUUUGGCCACCUAGAGUUGAGGCUGCUGAGUUUGAUCGAUUGCCUAGGUUGCUUUCUGCUGCUGUCUUGGCUAGAAAGGGUGAUAUGAAAAAAGAGACUCGCUUAACAAUCUGUGAGGGGCAUGAUGGAACUGAGACCUCAAAUGGAGAUGUAUUAAUCUUCCCAGAUAUGACCAGAUACAGGAGAUUGACACAUUUUGAUGUGGACACAUUUGUUGAGGAAGUGCUUGUGAAGGAAGGGGAAUGGCUGCCUGGAACUCCUGAAACACUGAAGGGUUCUUAUGUUUUUGUAUGUUGUCAUGGGUCUCGAGAUCGUCGCUGUGGUCUCUGUGGACCUGCUGUGGUUAGAAAAUUCAAAGAGGAGAUAGAAUUACAUGGAUUUCAAGGUAAAGUGUCCGUUAGCCCAUGCUCUCACAUAGGGGGGCAUAAGUAUGCAGGAAAUGUCAUAAUAUUUGGAUCAAGUAUGAAUGGACUCAUCACUGGACACUGGUAUGGAUAUGUCACUCCAGAUGAUGUACCCAUUUUACUUGACCAACAUAUUGAAAAAGGAGAGAUUGUAGACCAGCUGUGGAGGGGCCAAAUGGGUUUAUCUGAAGAAGAACAGAUCAAAUCCCAAGAACUAAGGCUCCAACUAAACGGCGAGACAGAUGUUGCAAGGAACAUUAAGGAGCUGACACAAUCACAGGAAGAUGAAGCAAGCAAUGCUGCAAUAAGGUCUGACGUAGAAUUUAUGGCCUGUUGCCAGCAAAAUGGAAAAUCUUCUUGCUGCCAAUACCCUGUCUCAAAGCACAAGGAGGAGAAUCUAGAUGCCAAUAAUAAGGGUGUAAAGGUGUCCCCUGAGAAGAAGAAGAGCAGCAAAAGACUAUUAUCCCGGAUUAACAGUGGAAAAGGUAUGUCCACGCGUAGGGUUUGUGCUAUGCCAACAUGGUUGGAGAGCUGGGAACGUGAAGAUACAUAUGCAGCUCUUGCUGUUGUCUGCGCUGUGGUGUCAGUUGCUGUUGCCUAUAACUGCUACAAACAGUUAAGAUAGAAUUUCAAAAUCUAGCGGAUGGAUUGUAGUAUUUUCUCCAUGAAUUCCUGUUUGUGAGAUUGGUGGGGAAGGGCUUUAAGCGAAUUCAUUAUAUCUGAUACGUGUAAGAGUAUGUGAUAUAAUUUAUACGUUCUCUUUGUUCACACGAAACUUUGAGAUUGUGAUUGUGCAUAUAAUCAAUCUAUGUCAGUAAUUCCCAGA